CCUAGACCAUAACUUCAAUUCAGACCAUCAUUCAUUAGCUUUACUUUACUAGUUCCUUUUCAUUCUUAUCACUUUCCCUUUCCUUCAACGCCGUUCUUUUACGUACUUCAACAACUUCAAUCAUUACUUCCCUAUUUUUGUAACCGGAAAUCCAGUCUUUGAAAAUGAACAUGUUCACACGUUCUGACGAUGGAGCGGAGGAGUUCAGACUCUAUCAUUAUGACCCGACGGUGGUCGGUGCUGUUAUUUUCACCAUCCUCUUUCUAGCCACGACUCUCCUCCACUCAUGGCAACUUAUUCGAGGACGAUCUUGGUUCGUCAUUCCACUGACCCUUGGUGGCUUUUUCCAGGUUGUUGGAUACGCUGCGCGAGCAAAGUCUGGUAAUGAGAGUCCCAAUUGGACUCUCGGCCCUUACAUCAUGCAAAGCAUUCUCCUUCUCGUCGCACCUGCGCUUUAUGCUGCAACGAUUUAUAUGGAGCUUGGCAGAAUUGUUCUGAUGAUAGACGGCGAAGGUCGUGUUUUGAUCUCCAAGAAGUGGAUGACCAAGGUCUUUGUUACUGGAGAUGUCUUAUCAUUUAUCCUGCAAGCAGGAGGUGGUGGUUAUCAGGCAUCCGGUACCAUCGAGGCUCUCAGAGGUGGAGCAAAAGUUAUUAUCGGCGGUCUCUUCGUGCAACUCCUCUUCUUCGGCGUUUUCAUUGUCAUUGCGAUCGCCUUUCACCGUGCGAUCAGCGCCAACCCGACUGCCCGCUCCUCGAGCGGUCUCCCUUGGCAGAAGCACAUGCUUGCUCUGUACAUUGGAAGUUUCCUUAUCAUGGUGCGAUCUAUCUUCAGGGCCGCCGAGUAUCUGCAGGGCUUCAACGGUUACCUGCUCCGACACGAGGCCUACCUGUAUAUCUUUGAUGCCUGUCUCAUGCUUUUUGUCAUGGUCUUGUUCAACUGGUUCCAUCCAUCAGAAAUCACUGAGAUCUUGAAUGAAAGGGGCGCUGGUAAAAGCUACAGCAUGCAUGCAUUUACCGAGGUUGCCUAAGCUUCACAGCAUAGUCGAUAUUUAUAUCUGGGGUAGGACAUCUUUGCGGAGGAGAAACCCUAUUGAGAGGGAAGCAAAAUGGAGUUGUAAUAGAUCACGAAGGACAACG